GGAAUUCAUUUAAAAAAUUAUCUUAUAGAAAAAAAUAUAGAUGAUUUUGAAAUACUAUUAUUUGUUCAGGAUUUUGCAAAAGCUGUUAUUGAAAGUUUAAAAGAAAGAUUUCCAGAUUAUAGUCUUGUUGAUGCAUUUUGUAUAUUUGAUCCAAAAGAAUUACCUAUUGAUAAAACUAUACUUGGAUAUUAUAGUCAAAAAUCUAUUCAAAAAUUAAUUAAUUUUUAUGAUACUUCAAAAUUUAUUAAAGAUAAUGAAAUUCUUGCUAUUAUUAAUGGUACUGAACUUUUACAAGAAUG